CACUCACUCACGCGCUCUUUGACGUAGUCAGCCAGCUGGGCUCCGGCGUUCCAGCGCAGUACGUAUGGCGCAGCGUGCCCGACCACCCUUCACAUUUCAUCCAGUCUAAAUUACGGUUAAUCCUGAAUAUAGGCAACCUGACCUGACAAAUCCGUGUGUGUGUGUGUCAUUGUUUCUCUUUUUUUUUUUCAAGCCGGGACCAAAGACUUCCGAGAAGUAAAGCUGGCCCACACAGCUCUAAUGAAAUAGCGGAUUCAUCUGUUUAUCCGCUGGAGACGAAGAAUUAUAGUGUUACUAUAGUAGCGCUCCCAUCAGCAUCAAGGAGCAGCUUUUUUCGGCGUGCCUUUCUGCCUCACCGGCAUCUUGAAACCACGAAGGGAUGAGAGAGGCGGUCUCGUCGAUUAUUGGUUAUUUUUCGCAUUAAAUUCCGCAGUAUUAUCUUUUGGCAACGUCGAAGAGGUGGAUGCCAGCGCUCGUAACCGAUUAAUAGCGCGCGUGUUUCCCAUGGCGCUGUCAUUUACUUUCGCCAGCCGCGUCGGUGCUUAAUGCCGGCGAAGGUGUGAGGAGGAGACCCGCUCUGAAGGUUUGAUGCUCGUCCUCCUUAUCUGUCACAUAUUUAUAUCACCGCCUAGACCAAUUUGGUGAGAACAUCUGCAUUGAAUUGGCAAGAAAUGACUUGUGAGACAUCUCGGACUGACACUACUUCAGCUGUUUCUUGAUGAUACGGCCACGCGAGGUGGGAGAUUUGGACUGCACGUACUGCCUUCAACUGUUCGCCGCCUGAGGAGCUGGAUAUGUUCAGACUAACGUAAAGAUGGAUAUUAUCUUUGCUCUCCUGUGGUUAUUGGCCGCACUAUUUGAAGGCGUUUUUUGCCAGGGAAUAUACGCUCCCCCAAACGUUCGGAUCAUCCACUCCGGUCACGCAUGCAACAUUGAGGAGGAACGCUACACAGAGAGGGUGUACACCAUCCGGGAGGGGGAGACUCUGGAGCUGACCUGUCUGGUGUCUGGGCAUCCACGGCCACAGAUACGAUGGACCAAGACAGCAGGCAGUGCAACUGACCGCUUCCAGGACUCCAGCGUAUUCAACGAGACACUGCGCAUAACCCGCAUCCAGAGGCACCAGGGCGGUCGUUAUUACUGUAAGGCUGAGAACGGACUCGGCACUCCCGCCAUCAAAUCCAUCCGAGUGGAUGUCUACUAUUUAGAUAACCCCAUCGUGACAGUCCAUCAGAGUAUAGGAGAGGCAAAGGAGCAGUUCUACUAUGAGAGGACAGUGUUCCUCCGGUGUGCUGCCAAUUCAAACCCUCCGGUGCGGUACAGCUGGAGACGAGGGAGGGAGUUCUUGUCCCAAGGUUCGGACAAGGGUGUGGAGAUCUAUGAGCCUUUCUUCACACAGGGUGAGACCAAGAUCCUGAAGUUAAAGAACCUGCGUCCUCAGGACUACGCAAACUACACAUGCACUGCCUCUGUCCGCAAUGUUUGCGGCAUCCCCGACAAGAGUGUGCUAUUCCGGCUCACCAACAAAACCGCCUCCCCCUCUAUUAAGCUGCUUGUGGAAGACCCCAUUGUGGCCAACCCUGGGCAGACAGUGACUCUGGUAUGCAUCAUCUCUGGAGGCGAGCCCAACCCGUCCCUGGCGUGGGUCCGGAAUGGCGAAGAGCUUCCAAAGAAGAGUGUUCUCAAUGGUGGAACCCUCACUAUACCUGCCAUCAGCACGGAUGAAGCUGGUGUUUACAGCUGUGUAGCCAGUAACAACGUGGGUAAUCCUGCAAAGAAAUCCACCAACAUUGUCGUCAGAGCUCUGAAGAAGGGCCGGUUCUGGAUCACACCAGACCCCUAUCAUAAUGAUGACAACAUCCAGAUCGGCAGAGAGGUGAAGAUAUCCUGUCAGGUGGAGGCCACGCCGCCCGAGGAGCUGAUGUUCAGUUGGCUUAAGAACGGCCGUCCACUGCGUAGCUCAGAGCGGAUGGUCAUUACCCAGACUGACCCAGACGUUGCCCCAGGAACCACAAACCUGGACAUCAUCGACCUCAAGUUUACUGACUUUGGCACUUACACCUGUGUGGCCUCACUAAAGAACGGAGGGAUACCCGAGAUCAGCAUAGACGUCAACAUCUCCUCCACCACUGUUCCACCCAACCUGACCGUCCCACGAGGAAAGUCACCUUUGGCCACUCAGGAGGGCGACACAGUAGAGCUGCAGUGCCUGGUCUCCGGCAAACCCAAACCCAUCAUCCUUUGGUCCCGUGCUGAUAAGGAGGCACCCAUGCCGGAUGGCAACAUGCAAACCGAAAGUUACGAUGGAGUUCUGCGCAUCGUCAACGUCUCCCGUGAGAUGACCGGAACGUACCGCUGCCAAACCAGCCAGUACAACGGCUUCAACGUCAAACCCAGAGAGGCCAUCGUGGAGCUCAUAGUGCUGUAUCCUCCCGCGGUGGAGCCGGUGUAUACGGAGAUCAGGCAGGGUCUAGGCCGGCCGUUCUCACUGAGCUGCAGGGUCUUACGUGCCCACCCCUCAAGAGUACUGACAUACGAAUGGAAACUGGGCACGAGACUGCUAACAACGGGCAAGUUCGAUACUCGGGACGAGACGGAAUACCACGUAAAGUCACUCAACCGUGAGGGCUACGGCGCGUACACUUGUGACAUCACCAACGAAGCAGGUGCUGGUCGAUGUACUUUCCUUGUCACAGGUAAAGCCUUUGCACCCGAGUUCUACUAUGACACCUACAGCGCUCUGUGGCAGAACAAACCUCGUGUCUACGGCUUCAAACUUCAGUGGACUCAAAUGAAUCCCAAUGCGGUCGACCGUAUCAUGGCUUAUCGACUUGGUAUCAAGCAGACGGGGCAUCAGAGAUGGUGGGAGCAGGAAAUCCCAACAGAAGACAAUAUCCAGAAAGGAGAACUACUCACCUACAACCUAACCGAACUCAUCAAACCUGAGGCCUAUCAGGUCCGCCUCACACCGAUAACACGGUUUGGAGAGGGAGACUCAACAGAACGGAUCAUUCACUACAGUGAGGCCAGUCGAGACACAGCACCGGUGAAUCCUCAUUGGAGUAAGUUUCAGUGCGGCUUCGAAGAGGACACCAUCUGUAUGUUCACCCAAGAUAAAACCGAAGAGUUUGAUUGGACAAGACAUAGCGCUGCCACCAGGGACACUAAAUAUACACCCAACACUGGACCCAGCAGUGACCGCAGUGGCUCUAAACAAGGUUUCUACAUGUACAUUGAGACCUCACGACCACGUCUGGAGGGAGACAAGGCCCGACUGUUGACCCCAUCCUUCAAUGUUGCCCCUAAAAAUCCCUACGGGAAUGUGGCCCCCAACCCAACGUACUGCUUCAGCUUCUACUACCACAUGAAUGGGAAGCAUAUAGGAACGUUAAACGUGUAUUUGAGGCAGAAGAGCCAGACGGGUCAGGACACAUCUGUGUGGACCCUGAGUGGGAACCAAGGGGACCGUUGGAGGCAAGCCAGAGUUAACAUCAAUCCAACAUCCUCUUUCCAGAUGGUUGUGGAGGGUAUUCGUGGCUCUGGCAUUGAGGGGGAUAUUGCUAUAGACGAUGUGGCCAUAGAGGAAGGAGAGUGUCGAGACCCCCCACCCAGUAGUAAUAUAAGAUCCCUGGCUUCUUCCGCUGCAGUGCAUAUAUGGCAGCUCUGUCUCACUUUACUUUUGGUCUUGGUUGGCCUCCGAAGGUGACCUCAUCACAUGGAGGUGGAACCCAGCUUUGGCAAUUCAUAGAGAUUUCGGCUGACUCGGACUGCCUGAAGACAACAACCAAAGAUUCAUCCCGUCUACACAAAAGGAACGUAGGUUUUAGAUCAGUGCGAAUGAAGAGGAAGCCGGGGAGGGAAUCUGAAGCUCGCUAACACAUUGGCAUGAGUAUUAUGCUGGAGUCCACUCAAGAUCUUGAGGAAAAAGCCCAUUACCGUUGUCAGUGUUAGAAAGCAAAGAACAGGUGGAUGGUUACAGCAGGACGGCUUUGAGAGACUUAAUAGGGGAAUCUUUCAAAGCACAAAGACGUAACAUGUAUUUCUAUCACUACAUGCUUUUUGCUUUGUUAAACGUCUGAUUCUGUCAUCAAAGACCUCAUUAUGUCACAAUACGUAAUACUGAACCACAUGAAGGAAGCUUCUGAGAAGGAAAAAACAAGGAUACCAGAGUUGGUAACAAAAAUGAAUGAUUGUUUGAGAAAAAAAAAAAAAUUAAAAUGUUUUCGUUUCUAAUGUCUGAAAAUAGAGGUAUGUCAAAUACAGUUGCGCUUUUUGUAUCUCCCUGUGCUCUGAUGUUACCGGUUUGAUGUGAACAUCAGGGCUCCACAAAUGUGUGUUGUUUUAAAGGGGAGUACAAUCUCUAUGUAAAGUAUGUUUUCGGACAGAUGGGGCGUUCAUGUACUUGUCCUUUGUGCUUUAACAGAGCAAGUUUAACAGACGGCGUCCUGAUACGCCCAUUCUGGGCUGUAUAUGUUUCAUUUUUACUCUGUGUGUUUCGUUAUAUUGGGUAUGUUACCAAACUCAUCUGAAUCGAUAUUAACAGCUAAUCACGCAGCUGACACAACAAACACCGUCUCUCACUGAGAAUCAUUGAGUUGACCUUUCAUUUCAGUGCAACUCUGCUAAACAACAGCAGUAGAGAACUGUUGAACAUCACGAUGCUAGUGUGGAUGUGAAUCUCCCCACUGUGUCCGCUUGCAGUUGUUUUCUCCAGGUGCGUAAAGAUAGCCGUCACCUGUUCGCUAAGGAACAUGGAGUUGGUGUCUGUUAUGAAAUCAAGUGCCUUCAGAGCCUCUGUAAAAUCAUUCUACUGUGCUACUGUAUCAUCUAUAGCAUUUCCUUUUGGCACGGUUUAUAGCGUACAUAGACACGUGAGAUGAAAGGUGAAAAUCAGAGAGGCACGAUGAGAGACGGGUGCCCAUUUUGAGAGUUGCAGCCCACCACUGAUGUCUUGCGUUCCACAUACUGUUAGAUGAUGACUUAUUUUUAUUUCGACAGCAUACAUCCCACCUGCUCCACAUCCGACUGAUGUAAGGAAAACAAUGGUGGUGGGACUGGACUAAAAGCACCAUUGAUUCCUCAGUAGGACAUCUGGGAGCUAUUAUCACCAGGUGAAAAACAGCCGGGAGGGUCACUAUGAAAUCCACCUGAGAAAUCUGAUGAGACUUCUGUGCCGCCGAAAAAAAGGCUUUUUUUUUUCUGACAUCCCGAGGACUGAGAGGUAUGAAAAAACGAGGACCUUUUAGAGGACUGAUGCUCACGCUGGACAAGAUGAUCAGCCUUGAUCUGGAUCCAUCCGGUUGGAUUCGUACAAAUGAUAUUUUAUUACUCUAAUGAAAAUGACUGCUUUUACAAAAACUGAACUACAAACUAUGAACUACCUGAGACCAUCCGUUACCUUAACCAGCUGGUUUUUGGACAUGUAUUGUAAAAUCACUUUUCUCAUUCAUCUUAUUCAUUUCUGAGGAAGAAUUACGUUGCUCUCUCAGUUUUUUCAGCCCAAAAAUGUUCCUUCGGACAACAAAUAUAUAUAUGUUUUCUUUUUUUGUCUUAAACAUUUAUUCAUUUCUAAGAAUCCCUUUGCAUUACUAUAUUAUGACAUAAUUUGAAUCUAUAGUAUGACAUUAUAAAUAAAUAAUAUCAAAUAUAUGAGAUUAUAUGCAAAUACACCUGGUAGGGAGGUCUAUGGAAACGGUUUCACACUUAUUCAGACAAAGCACAAUGUGAAAUAUUAAUGUCAAUAUUCAGAAACACAAUACCUUCAACACACAAUAAGUUGUUUUUCUCAAUUUUAUUAAAGUUACAAUCAACAGGAAUAAACUAUCGAAUUCUUUACAUAAAAAAAAAAGAUAUUUUACAUCUCGGUUCAAUAAAAGGCUUUCAUGGUA